AUGAGUCCAAAAAAUAAUAUUCCAUUAUUCAAUUUAACCCAGAUAAUAGUAGGGAUUGUUGCUUUUUCUCAAGGAGUUCAGCAUUUGGCAGAUUUAUCAAUUCAAUACUUAUAUAAGGAUGAUUUUCAUGUAUCACCAAGUAGAAUGGGAGUGUAUAUUGGACUAUCUUAAUUACCAUGGUAUAAUAAAUAUUUAGCUUAUUCAUAGGAUUAUUAAACCUGUUUGGGGAAUUAUUUGCGAUUCCUUUCCUAUUUUAGGUUCCAGGAGAAAAGCCUAUAUUGUGUUCUGUGGUUUUUUAAGUUUCAUUGGAUGGCAAUUGAUGGCAUAUACAGGAGUUGACAAUGCUUAUGUGGCUGUUGCUUUACUAAUUAUGAUAUCAUCCUCUGUCUGUAUCUGCAAUGUAGUUGGAGGUAAAAAUAAGUUAAAUUGUAGAGGCGUUAAUGGUUGAAUAAUGUGCAAAUGAUCAUGCAGCAAAUAAUGUAUCAGUGUUCUUUGGAUUCAAAGCUGCAGGUGGAUUAAUUAGUGCUUACUUUUCAGGGAUGUUGCUUAUGUACCUAACAAAAAAACAAAGUAAUCCUUAUUAACAUAAUAAUUAGUAUUCCUUAUUAAUAGCAUAUUCCCAUUAACGAUGGCAUUGCUUUCUUUGAAAUUAAAAGAAACUCAAUAAACUCAAUAAUCAUAAAAUAUAAAGGAAGUCUUGAGCACAUUCUGGACAUUUUUUUCAAACCCCAAAAUUUAUUAGUAAAUAUUUAAUCUAAUUCAAGAGGCCUGUAUUAUUAAUUUUAGCAUUCAUGAUGGUACCUUCAAGUAGUUCAAUAAUGUUCUAUUUUUAUACAGAAGUCUUACAUUUUACUCCAAAAUUCAUGGGAUAUUUGAAAUUUAUUAGUUGUUUAGGAACUCUUCUGGCAAUUUUAUUGUAUAGAAAUUUCUUAAAGGAUGUUGCAUUUUAAAAGAUAUUCAUCACAACGACAAUAUCAUUUUUCUUUUGUUAUCUCUCAACAAUACCUUUGGUUACAAGAAUGAAUGUAUAAUGGGGAAUAGAUGAUAGAUUUUUCUGUCUUGGUGAUUCAGUUAUCUUAUAAUUUAUUGGAGAAUUGAAUUUGUUACCUAUAUUGGUGUAUGCAUGCAAAAUUUGUCCUAAAAAUAUUGAAGCUACCAUGUAUGCUAUGCUAAUGGCUACAAUGAACUUUGGAACAUUUGCUGGAGGAUAAUUAGGCAAUUUUAUCUUAUAUGAAAUGGGAAUCAAUUAAUAAGAUUAUUCUAAGCUCUAUAUUUUCAUUGCUCUUUCCAGUAUCUUCUUUAUUUUACCUUUGCCAUGGAUUCAUUUAAUAAAUGACAAAGCAAUACCAAUUGAAAAAGAAUAAGACCCUCCCUAGAUUUAAGAUGUUGAGGAAUAAUAAAAGUUGAUUGCUGAAGAAUAAUGA